GCAGUGAGAUCCAUUUCGGCGACCUCAGGCUGGAAGCCGAUGCCUUGUCACCAGUGCCCGCUCGGAAGAAAAACCUCAAGAAGUGCCUCGACAAGAAAGCCAUGAAGGUCAUGAAAGCCAUGAAGGCUACGAAGACAAUGAAAGCGAUGAAGGUUUGCAAGAAGCCAGCAGCCGAUGUGGAGCAGUGCUACAAGGAUCGGGAGCUGUUUCUGAUGCCGUACAAGAAACAUCCGAAGGAGCCGGUGGCAAUCAGGGUCAGGGGGGACAAACAGCUCCUGCAAGUUUCCAGUUUUGGCAGUGUGAAAGAGAACUCGAAGCAUGCUGCACGUCUUUUGAAGAAGCUCAAGGGCGGCUGUUCCUUGCAGCAG